GAUCGAAGACAUUGAAUUCGAGUUGAGGGAUCGAAACAUCCAAUCGUCAAUAAUAGUUGUGGUUGGGCUCUCCAACGCAUCUUUGGAGACGGUCCAGGAUUCAUUACGAAGCUAUAAUGCUUCCAGUUUUUUCUAUCUAGGGCUAUUGGAUACUGCAUCAAGAAUGGAAUAUCACCAAGUGAUCACAUUUCCUCUGACCAAUGGCCAUGUCAUCCAAAAAAUGAAAUUAGACGCAAAUGCCAAGAUCAUUGAGGACUAUGACCUUCAAGGGGUGGAUAUCACCUCUCAAUCCCUCGAUUGGCAUCCCUACACAACAUAUAGGGCCAAUGGAACUACUUUUGGACAUCUUAUCGAUAUGACCCAUCAUUUGUCUGGCAUGUUCAACUUCACUCUGCGUUCGGUAAAAGAACCUCAUGAUGAUUGGGGACUCCAAUCGGAGUUUGGCAGGAACUUCAGUGGCGUUCUAGGUAAUGUGAUCCAGGGACAAGUGGAUCUGAGUCUGAGUCUUUGGAUCUGGAACCUACAACGGAGUAUUUCAACAGAUUUUUGCAUUGUAAUGAGUGAUUGGCAGCAAUUUAUAUUAGUGCCUCAAUUGCCCGAAGUGGACACUACUUUGUUCAUGAGACCUUUCACUAAUGAGUCUUGGAUUGCAAUCGGAAUGACGUCAUUGAUAAUCGUUAUUUGCGUUGUUUUUCCAAUGUCCAUUCGACGUCUCAAUGAAUCCACAGGCUAUAAGAUUAUCUCCACUUCAGGGUGGUAUUUCUUUUUGCUUUUGAACGCCUUUUACGGAGGAGCUUUGACGAUGUUCUUCGCCAAUGAGCCAAGUGUUCCAUUUUCCACUGCUAAAGAAGCUAUAGCAGAGUAUCCAUCAUGGAUUAUCAAGGUUCGCGAAGGCUACGAGUUAUCGAUUCUAGCCAAUGUGUCCCCUCAAAAGCCGGAGUUCCAAGUCUUGUACGACCGUUUGAGGAGCAGUCCUGGCCAGUACCUUUAUCCCAGAUAUGAGGAUGCUAUUAUUGAAGCCAGAACCAGUCAGGUGGUGUUCCACACCUUUGCCCGACCCUUUACUGCUUUUCUAAAACAAUACCCUCAGUUCAAAGGCAAUCUAAAAGUUUUCGCCAAGCAAAGACCUCAACCGUUAGGCAUCAUUUUUCCGAAGAACUCGCCUUUGGUCCCAAUAUUCAAAUUGGGGAUUCGACGAAUGAAGGAGAGUGGUUUGAUGGAUUUUUUGGCCAAAAAAUGGGAAGGGUCUUUUCGUCAAGAACGAUUUCAAGUAGAUGUCAUGGUCUUGAAUGGUGGUCAAAUCAUUAUGGUUUAUGUUCUGAUGGGAUUGGGCUACAGCCUUUGUCUCGUUUGUCUCAUCAUUGAAUGCAUUUGUAUCAAGUCAAGCAAAGUCAUAUGGAAAUUUUUAUCAAGAUGUUAAUGAUGAAAAAAAAGCAAGAUUAGUAGAUGAAAGAAUUAAAUCAAAGAGCAUAAUAUUACUUAGAAAGAAUGUCACCAAUUUCUCAUUUUUUUGCCAUUUUAUCAUCGUUCAUUCGUUGCUGACGGCCAAUUGUUAAUAAUUCAUCAACAUACAAAGUACAUUUUCAAUCUCAUGAACACAGCUAAGUUAUCUUUGUUGUCUUUUGAGUUGCAAUGCGUUUGCUAAAAAAUGUUUAAUUAAGUCCCCUAAAAACCAUCAAAGUAAAUAUAUUUUCAAAUUUAAAUCACCUAGUACAUAUUGAAAAACAUUUCUUCUUUUUUUUGCUUUUCUUCUUGCUGCGAGCCCCUGUUUUGUUUUUAAAACAUUUAUGGCCGAGCGACUCUGGCUAAAAGUAGGCUGCGUGGUUUUUGAACCAACAAUGCGUUAUCCUAAACAGAAAAUUAUCAUUCAGAAAAAUGUUACCCCAAAAAGUGUGGCUAUCGGACGGACACAGUCGAAUUAACAGAAACGAUAUUCCUCUUUACCAAGAAAACUUGUUUUUGGAAUAAUUUGUGCCAUUUGAUUGUUUUUGUUGGUUCCAGCAUCGAUUUCAAAACCGGGUAAAUUGAAUAAAUGUUCAAGAAUUGUUUGUGCUCAGAUUAUCUUCAAAAUCC